UAUUUUAUACUUCACCACACUGCUAACCUUAUGCCGAACCCUAGCCUUGAAUUAAGACCAAAAAGCUAAUUUUUGUUUUCAUGCAGUUUUACGAUAUUCACCGUUUUUACUUUGUGGCUGUGGUAACUAUAGUGAAAACCCUCUCCCAGGCCGACCCGCGUCGCCAUACGGAACAUCAGAGAGCUGAGGGCUGGCGUCUCCUGGUAGUAAAUCUAUCAGGUCUCGUGCACAUAAAGUCCAAAAGAGGGGGACAAAGAGAAAAGUGCCUCCCUCGCAGGAAGGAGUCUCCCAUCCUUUUAAACCUGGUUCUAUUACCGGAGAGAGGACACGCGAGGGUUUAGCGUUUUACGGAGACGGAUUAAUAAAACGCCAGACGGAUGUUCGGGAGGAGGUGUGGUGCGCUCUGAAGUUGGAAACUACUGCCUACCGAAUACCGAGAGAGGAGAGAAGCGCUUUUGUUUCCCCGUGAAGGCUCGCGCCCCCCAUCCACAGCAUGAAGCUGCCGCCUUGUUUGAUGGCGCUCAUCGCGGCACUGCUCGCUCACUCCGCGCUGGGUCAGACCUGGGUUCCGUUAAUAGAUGAAGAAAGUUCUUCCACAGAUGAGUUCUAUGAUGAUGAAGACCUCUUCUCAGGCUCCGGAUCUGGCUUUCCAGAGAUGAAGGUCAACCCUACAGAAAUGGGCGUAUCUUUCACCACAGAAGCACCCCUCCACCUCUCCACCACCCAGGCCACUGGCCCCGCCCCCUCGGCCCCACCUGUAGCCGAGCCCAGCCCCAACCCUGACGUCCUUCCUUCCCCACUACCCACUGAGGGAGAGGGGGAGAGUGGGGUAGUGUGGGAGACAGAGAGGGAGAUUGAGAGGGAGAGAGAGAGGGAGAGGGAACAAGAGAGGGAGAGAGAAAAAGAGAGGCAGAGAGAAAAAGAGAGGCAGAGAGAGAGAGAGAGAGAGAGGAUACGGGAAAUAGAGAGGGAACAAGAAAGAGAACGUGAAAGAGAGAGGGCGAGAGCCGCCCAGACUACCAUCUCCCCCCGCGGCCCUGCAGCUCUUCCCAUGGCGACCACCAGCUUGGCGACUCCUCCGGCGGAGAGCGCAGCGCCCUCUAGUGGUGUGGAGGACUUCGGCACCACAGAAGAAGAGGACGAGGAUGUUUACCUGUCCCCAGACCCCACCACCAGUUUACUUAUGGAGACCACCACAGAAGAAGAAGAAGAAGUGACCACUACUGCCACAGAGACAGAGACCGCACCCAUCCCAGAGACAACAGCUCCACCCACUAUGACUGGCCCAGCCCCAACUGAGAGGUCUAGCUCCGCCCCCUUCAGGCCCAGGGUUCCUGUGACCAUGCUUACUAAAGCUGCACCCACAGAGAAGAGCACACGUCCCCAGCCACCCUCUACGACGAAUAAUGAGUUGGGGGUUAACGGACCCAGUGGAGACUUUGAGAUCCGUGAGGAAGACCGUCUGCCGGGCAACGAGGUUGUUGGGCAUGGCCGUGGUGUGGAGACGGAGGCGGAUCUGAUUGGCAACACGAUCAACACAGGAAGUUCUGCCGCUCAACUUCCUCAGAAGAACAUCCUGGAGAGGAAGGAGGUCCUGAUAGCGGUGAUAGUGGGAGGCGUAGUGGGGGCUCUGUUCGCAGCGUUCCUUGUCAUGCUGCUGGUGUACAGGAUGAAGAAGAAGGAUGAAGGCAGCUACACGCUGGAGGAACCCAAGCAGGCCACCGUCACCUACCAGAAAUCUGACAAACAGGAGGAGUUCUACGCAUAACACAGAGAGAGAGAGAGAGAGAGAGAAAUGUGUUAGAGGGAAAGGAGUGAGUGUGUGUGUGUUUGUGUGAGAGAGAGAGCGAGAGAGAAGAGAGAAAGCGAGAAGGAGAGAAGGAGAGGGGGAGAGAGAGAGGGAGAGAGAUCACUCCACCUCCUGUCUUGUUGCCUCACCUCUCCUUCCCAUCUCUUCCUCCCUCUCCUCCAUGUCAGUUGUUGUUAAGAGUGCCUGUCUCCAUGGACUCAGAACUUUCUUUAAAAAAAAAAAAAAAUACAUGAACAAAAAUAAAAAAUAUAUAUAGGCUGAAAAAAAUAACCAUAAACACAUGAUACAAACAUUUGUUUUUUAAGUAAAUGUUAUGAAUAGUAUACGAUUAUUGUUCUGAUGUAAUUCAUUCAUUAUUUUGUAAAAACACAAGCUCUUAUCCUGUGUUCCAGCACAAUACUCCUCUAAUGUCUGUUCCACUGAGCGAGCGAGCCAAGAGAAAGAGGGAUGGGGGGGAGAAGGAGGUCGGAGGCAGAGACAGAAAGAGGAGGGAGAGAGGUGUCAUCUGAUUGGCCACACAGAUACUGGGGUCAAAGGUUAGAGGAAAGGUCACUAUUGUAUUGCCUUCCAUCGUCCUGGUGCGCACACACACACACACACACACACACACACACACACACACACACACACACUCCUCGCUGGCUACAGUAGUACACACUGAGAUGCCUUGUGGUUCAGAGAGAAAAGUCAGUGAUGUGUUUGUCCUCUGUUUCACCCUGGGGGCUGUAGUAAGAACGCUGUCGUGUGUUCUGUAGUAGUUCACAAACACACACAGCUUGGACCCCUCUCUCUGUGUUUGGUCAAUCGGAGGAGGGGAACCCUCCCACAACGCUCUGACAACCUCAGGCCAACGUUGUGGCAACAUUCACUGUUAGUUAGCCAAUGAUUCUGACCAGGGAUGUAGUGGUAAAUAAAAUGGUGGAUAAACACAGCGAGUAACAUAAACAUUAGCUAAUGCUAAGAACGCCACCUGAGCACAGUAGAUGUGUUAACACUGUUCACCAAGUAAAGGGGUGUUUAAACAACAGUUAACACUGUUCACCAAGUAAAGGGGUGUUUAAACAACAGGUAACACUGUUCACCAAGUAAAGGGGUGUUUAAACAACAGUUAACACUGUUCACCAAGUAAAGGGGUGUUUAAACAACAGUUAACACUGUUCACCAAGUAAAGGGGUGUUUAAACAACAGUUAACACUGUUCACCAAGUAAAGGGGUGUUUAAACAACAGUUAACACUGUUCACCAAGUAAAGGGGUGUUUAAACAACAGUUAACACUGUUCACCAAGUAAAGGGGUGUUUAAACAACAGUUAACACUGUUCACCAAGUAAAGGGGUGUUUAAACAACAGUUUACGAGCGUUUACCCUCCUACAUCCCUGGGUCGUAUUCAUUAGGCAGCAAAUGAAGAAAACUAACUAAAAACGGGGAGAGGGACUACCUGGCCUUUGUUCUAUAAGAAAUGUUAAUUUCCGUUUUCCAUUGCAAACAUAUUCCAACGUUGUCCGUUGCGUGUCUUAAUGAAUAGGACCCUGGCGCUGUAUGCCAACUAGUGGAUAGCUGUCUGGUCUGCUCCUUUAUGCUGUACAAAGGUGAUUAGUUAUAUGGAUAGUGAUAAUGAUCAUCAAUAAUAUAUCAAUGUUCCAGGCUGGUUGGUAAAUAAUAAUAAUGAUAAUACUCGAACGGGAGGAUAUGUAUUUAGCAUUUUCUAAAGUUUAUAUGUAAAUAUCAUUGUUUUGAAAUCCUUUCGCUGUCAUCGUCACUCAAACCACGAUCACUGUUUCUAUAUCACGUAAAUCUGUGGCGCUGUGCUCUCAACACACGCAAAGCAUGCGCUCACACAAUUAAGCACAUACACACAAGCACGUGUUCACACAUUUGAACACGCACACACACAUACACACACACAAAACAUACAUAUCACCUAUGCUUCAUUGACUAAAUACACAUCAAUCAUAUCACUCAACAUAUCAUUACCCUCAUCAGACAAGGGGGGUUUCAGUACGUUAUUGAUAAGUCAUCAAUCAGUUGCUGGUUGGUUAGAGUUUGGUCCAUUGUGUAAAAGCAAAAGCGUGUAUCCAUCCAAUCUCCUGCAUGCUCUUUCUUUUCUCUUAUUCCAUUGGUUGUCUGUCUGGGGGGCGGUUCUUUGGAACUGUGAGGGUGGGACUCACGAUGCUGAAAGUGACUCUUCAAGUAGAAGUUGUCCAUCGGUAGGUUUGGGUACAGGAGUUUGGGUGGGGGCUGUGGGUAGGUGUGGGGACAGGAGUUUUCUAUCGAAGAUUGUAACAAUAACCAACACAGCAGUACGAUGCUAUACUAAUAAUACUACCAGGACUAGUAUCUUCUAAUAUACUGUAGAUCAACUGCAUGGAAGUCAAAACUAUACGUGUGUGUGUGUGUGUGUGUGUGUGUGUGUGUGUGUGUGUGUGUGUGUGUGUGUGUGUGUGUGUGUGAGGGGUGUUCUCUGAGAGGAAUGUACUGUGGGCAGGUGUGUAUUUGACCUGUUCCAGCAGUUCUGACGCUCUUCCAUAGUCAGGUAGUCACGCCUGUAACCGUGUGUGCGUGUAGGUCUCACCUGUUCACCGCUGAAUGUGGGGCUAGUCUGCUUUUUCACAGUCUGUCUCUCUGUUUCUAUUAGGACUGACUGACAUCACAGACAGAACUGACCUGAACUGUCUUUUCUAAAACUUACCUUCCAACUGUUAAUGUGUGUCUGUACCCAUAUAAGUCUGCAUAGCCAAAUAAGAGAGAGGUGUGUGUGUGUGUGUGUGUGCGUGCGCCAAGCCUUGAGGAAGGCCAAUGUGUUCGCUGUUACCCCAUCCAGUCUUUAUACAUUUACAUUUUUUAAGGCUGAGUUUCUGUCAUUGACCGCUGGGCGCUGGGAGGCGGACCUCCGCGCCACAGCCCUGCCACUAAUCUGCCACUCUGUUCCAAAUAAAAGACCUCAUUGGUUAA